UUUUUUUUUCGGCGUCGUUCCUUGCUCUUGCGGUGGUGGUUCGGUGUUGGUGGCGGGGGGGGCAAGUAGCAGAGUCAGGGCAGCUUCACCGCAGCCAUGGGCAAGCCCAAUCAGGCCCGGGCGCACGCCAAGCGUGCUGCCAAGCGCGAUGAGGAUCAAAUGGUUGAGAAUAUCAAUGCUGCCGUUCAUCCCAAGAUUGCCAAGUUGGACUUGCAGAUGAAGGACCGUAGCCAACGCACGUUUCCCAAGUGGACCAACCGUCAACGUACCCUCGUCUUCUCGUCGCGCGGUAUCUCCUUCCAAGUCCGCCACCUGCUUCAAGACCUUCGCGUUUUGAUGCCACACAGCAAGAAGGAUGUCAAGAUGGAUCGCAAGGAUCGUCUCAAUGAGAUUGUGCCCGAGAUUUGCGAAAUGAAGAACUGCAACAACUGUAUUUACAUCGAGAUGCGCAAGAAGAAGGACGUCUACAUGUGGAUGAGCAAGAUGCCCAUGGGCCCCUCAGUCAAGUUUCUGGUCACAGACAUCUACACCAUGAGCGAGCUCAAGUUGACAGGCAACUGCCUGCGUGGUUCGCGCCCUCUGCUGCAGUUUGAUCAAGCUUUUGACAGCCAGCCGCACUAUCAACUACUCAAGGAGAUUCUUUUCCAGACAUUUGCGACACCCAACCAACAUCCCAAGAGCAAGGCCUUUGUUGAUCAUAUUUUCAGCUUCUCCAUUCUGGAGGAUCGCAUCUGGUUUCGCAACUACCAGGUGACUUGGAAGGAGCCUGGAAAGGUUGGCAAGGAUUCGGAAAUGGUCCUGACUGAGAUUGGUCCGCGUUUCUGUCUCCAAGUCAUUCGCAUCUUCGAGGGCACCUUUGGCGGCCCGACCCUCUUUGAAAACGCCGACUAUGUCAGUCCAAACAUGCAGCGCAGCAUGCUUCGGGACGAGGCUGCGGCCAAAGACCCGCGACGACGUGAUCAACGUGUUUCGCGACGCCGAAAAAGCUGUGGCACAAGCGCGCAACGCCAGUGA